AGGAGACCAUGCACAAACCAUGCACACACACACACACACACACACACACGCAUAUCAAUGACGUCAUUGUGCGUUUCGCCUGGCGGAGAGAAGAGGACAAGAGACAAACUGUACCAUCAUGUCAAUGUCGGUAACACAGGUGGAGAAGGCUCUUGCUGAGGUAAUGAAGUAUGCAGCGGAGGGCAUCCACUACAACGGUGACAUCGAGUUCUCUCUGGUGAAGGAGAGGGUGCCGAGGUACUUCGCAGUCAGUGUGGAUAUGAGAUCCACAAUCAUGGCAAAUGACGAGGGAUGUGUCAAGGCACAAAUGCUCUUGCAACGCUUCAGAGAGUCACCAUGUGUACGUGUGGACAACGAAGUGGAACACAGUCCUUAUAGUCUAAAAGGAGUGGUUCAGUGGAUGUGCAACGAAGGGAUGUGCGAAGAUGGAGACAUGGACAUGACAAUACACCAAAAAGGGGGAACGUAUGCACCUGCAGAUUUCAAAAAGUUGCUGGGCACUGUGGCGAAGAACUCUGACAUGCUUGUUGAUGGGUCCAAGGACGAGUUGAAAAGUGGUGCUGCAGAGAUCUUGGUGUUGUCCAAAAUGAAGGACAUCAUACAAACACAACCACAAGACUUUCAAGAUGUUCCUGUAAUUGUUGCAGAUGGUGUGGAAUAUGUUCUGCUGGAUCAGCUCUGCGAUUUCAUGAAAAAGAGUGAUGAGGACAGGAACGUCAUCCACGAGGCGUUGCACGAAGUGACAGAGUUUGCACUGCAAGGUAAAGAUCUGAUCGAAUUUGUGCCAGCGAGAGGAGAAGACGACUUCAUAUCCGACAGACCGUUGUGGGGGGACUUAUUGUCAUGCAAAAUGGACAGUGGUCCACAGGUAUGCGACUGUGUCAGGUCUUUCAUGUCCUUACAAACUUUGAAUUCACAUCGUGCGAGGGCAUGCCCGGCUGUGGUGGACGAAAGAGCACAAGGGCAGGAGAUGGGUGUUGUUGACGCCUGCGGGCCAUCAAACAUAGGUGCAGUGAAUCUCGUGAGCGAUGAGAGCGAGGACAUCGGAGCCCCCGAGAACGCAGACGGGGAGGGCGGGUCAUUCGCAGAGCAGCAACCGCCGCCUGUCGAGUCUUUUGACAACUCUCGCAAGCUUGAGGCACUAAUUUUCUCUGCCAGGGGCGGCGUCGGUAUGUCGCAGAGUGACAUAGAUGCUCUCUUGUCACUUCUCAAAGACCCGAGAUUCAACACGACAGACAUUGUGUACUGUAAUAGUCGAGAGUGUUUGACAUGGGCAGGCAGUCUAGCAGAGGCUGCGGGAUUGAAGGAGUCGGAUCUCCGUAACGCCGACUGGCCACGAGAUGCGCACGCCAUCUUGUGGCACCGCGAUUGGCGAACCACAUUUCUCUCGAUUUUUAAUAUCGCAUUACAGAAAUGCGAGACGGUGUCUUCUCUAGAGGUGUCCCCGCCGUCAGAGGACCUCAGUAAAUCUGGUCCGCGCGCGCAGCGGGGCGCUAUCGGUGCCGAGAACCGUCUGCCCAGGGCCCCCGAGAAGAGGUCGCGAGAAGAUCAAAUCACAAAGGUGCACCGCACCACAAAGAAGAGAAUCUCCUACAAAAAGGACACAACGGUGGACAUGAUCGAUCUGAGAGGGUCGGACAAUAUGCACAGCGGAGCCCGAAAGGAAGCAGAGGAGGAACACGACCACCCCUUAUCGGAAAAGUCCGACAGGGAGGAUGACAACGCAUCAAGGGACGAGGUCGACGACAGUGAGACCUCCCACGGACAUCCUCGCGACAGUGACGAGGCUGACGACGACGACGGCGGGAGUGACGACGGCACCGCGCACGAAGAGAGUGACGAUGGGUCAACCCAAGACGACAGAAGCGCAUCUAGAAGAGCGAAUGACACGAACUCGCAAGCAAAAGUGUGCGCGAAUAGUGAAGGACAACGUCAAGUGAAUGAAGAGUCCGGCGCAUUCACAAAGAGAAUGAGGGGCAGACUGUUUCGCUCGGUCACGAAAGCCUUUGCGUUCUCCGCAGCAAAGGACGCAACUCUGUACCCUACAGAGGAUGCAUUUUUCACAUCGCUGCAAACCACGACCAAACUGGUGGGGGAGAUUGCGGAGGAAGGACUGCGCUCACACGUAGCGUCCUGCGGAUUCGAGCAGUCAUAGGGGAGUGCAACAGAAUGAUGACGAUCGUGCGUGGGGAAAUAACAUGGCAACUGAAACAUUGGUUUUGGGCUGAAAAAGGGAUCCCGCUUGCGCGGUCGCAGCAAACAGAUCACCAGCUCCCCACUCACAACAAGAUGCGAGCAGAGAUGAAGGAAAAUAAAACGUGGAGACGGAG